GAGUAUGUGUGUGCAUGCUUGAGAUGAGAUUUUGUUGUCAAAUAGUAAGCUUGAAUACAAAAACAAAAUACGCGUAAUCGUAUGUUUAGACGCUUGUUUCUUUCAUUCUUAGCCUCGCUCACACUCGCCACACUCGAUAGUAUCAAUUUGUCAAUAGAAUCAGCAAAAUUUUCCGUUCGCCACAAUCGACGCAAUUAAAUUAUUCGAAAAAAAAGAGAAACGAAACGCACAAAAGCAUGACAUGAAUAUUGAUUCAAAGAUGAAUCAAUGAAUUGAAUCAUCGAGUCUGAUUCACAACCCGAUACGUGUGGAUUCGCAGUUUUGUCUUACAUUUCCAUUUAAUGAAAUUAUUACGGUUCUUUGUUUUGCAGUGUGUUUCAUUUAUUAUUCGCUAAUGUAGCUUCUGAUUGAAUAGAUAAGAAAUUCAUAGGAGCGCCAUCUAAUUGUCAAAUCGAACAAACAUCCAUUCGAUUCGAUAUGGACUAAAAUUUAUUUGGAAAAGUGAAUUUUUCUCAUUUUCACCCAUGUUUGUCGAAAAGUGUGAAAUUAAAUUGACAAAAGUGGAUCAAAGUAAUAAAGAACCACGUAAAAGUUGUUCGAUUUGUGCUGUUUCUUCUGGGUUGAUGUGCUGGUCGGUUAUACGGCGAACACUUCACAAAUGCAAUUGAUGUGAAGUUGGCUCCGGUACACGCCAAACGAUGAUGCGUUAAUCUGUUUUGGAGCGCAUACGUGUGUGUGCGUGUGUACAUGUGUAGUGUACGACAGUGUGUAAUUGAAAAAUGGCAGCGAAUCGGGAUAGCGACACAUCUUUGUGGCUACAUAAUAAACUCGGUACAUCUAGCGAAUGGACUAGCGGUUCGAUUUGUUCUCAGCUAAACAAAGAGGUUUUAAGGAACAUCAAAGACUGCUUUGCGGAUUUGCAAACACAAGUGAAAUUAAAACUAUUGCUUAGCUUUUUUCAUAUCCCGCGUCGUCUUGUCGAAGAGUGGAAAACCGAGCUAGAUGAAGUUAUCGAAGUAGCUGCAUUAGAUUCAGAAUUAUGGGUGUCAAUGAUAGCAGAGACGAUAAAAACGUUUCCAGCCACUGGAUCGUUGAACACGGAAAUUUCGGACUACGAGGAAACUCGACCUAUCUUCACCGAUAUGGUCAACGAGCUGCGAAAAUAUGUGAACAAGCACAGUGAUUUGGGAAUGUUGCCGUUGGAGUGUCAAUAUUUAAAUAAAAUGGCAUUGACAUCUGUGGUCGGCCAACAACCACCAGUGACAAAGCAUUUCACAUUGAAACGAAAGCCAAAAAGUGCUGCCUUACGAGCCGAACUAUUGCAAAAGUCUUCCGAUGCACAGUCUAGUCUCAAAAAAUCAUCGGCACCAAUUAUACCGCUACGAACGCGUGGUAUGCCUCGUAAAAUGACUGACACAACACCGUUGCGAGGCAUUCCAACACCUCGAAUUCCCACCAGCGGCUUUCGAUCGCCGACAUCAACGCAGGGACCAAGCAGCCGACCGAAUAUGCCGCGUCAGCAGGCCGGCCGAAAAGAUGGUGGCAUCAAAAUUUUGGAUAUCACCGAACAACCGUUGGGCUAUGCAGCGGCCAAGAAACGUAAACGACAACAAGAACUGGAAGAACAACAGAAACGAGCACUUGAAGCUCAAUCUAGUCCGCCAGUGAAAUCAGAACCGGAAACACCCGUCACCACAACGCCUGACUAUGCCGUUGGCUUGACUGCAACAUCGGUAUACACGCAACCGGCCACUCCAGCACCAACAAUUGUCAAAGAAAUUCCCCCGAACACAACAAACGAUUUUGUCAAAACAGAAACAGUACCUGUUGCCAGUUCCACAUCAACCAUUAUACAAAGCCAAGCGCAAGCUGUUAGUAAUAGUCAACAGAAUACAGUGACAUCGAAUAAUAAUCAUCUAGUGUUUUCAAUUAAAAAUGACGGUAAUGUUGUAUCGUCAUCAAUUGGCGCUUCGUCGACACCACUGUUGGUAACCGUAUCGAAUGCUUCCUCCGUGAAUACAAUAAAAUCGGAUGGUCCACGAUUGAUAUCAUCGACAACAAUCAAACCAGCCACAACACAAGCACAAGCUCAGAAAUAUACACCAAUCCAAUCAACAAAAACGACACCACCCGCUCUGGUCACCAUUUCCUCACCGACGAAUAUGCCUUCGUUAGCAGCUUUAUCAAAUCCACAACAGCAGCAACAACAUCAGCAGUCCGAAUCGUUGCAGGUCCCCCAGCAAAUCGGAGCGACGAAAAUUGUGCAAAUCAAAACGGCGCCCACCAUUCAGGUGGUGCCAUCGAAUCGGCCAACCAUUCAAAAUAUACCACCAUUGAUUCCAACGCAACAGCCAACAUUUUUGAACAUACAACAGAGUGUGGCGAAUCGACAGUCGACAAUACAAACAAAUACCAGCAGCGCACCAUCGACUAUAUCGUACAUUACAACAAAUCAAACCGAUGCCAAGCCACUUGGACAAACGUUUCAGACGACGCAACAGCAGCAACCGAAAUAUUCACCGGUCGUUGUGCAAUCGCCGAAUGUCAAAGGCAAAACCAUUAUUCUGGCAAAUGCAAAUACAUCGCAGCAAAAGACCAUCAUUUUGCGAUCGGUUGGCGCCGAUGGCAAUACCAUUUUGCAGCAAGUACCCAUUAGCAGUGUAUCGGGUUUACAAAAUCUCACCGGCAAUACGAACAAUAUUGUGCUGACCCAAAGCCCCGGCACAAAUAUUAUCAAAACAUCGACGACCAAUCAACAGCCGCAAUUCCAACAAAUCCAAAUCACUGGCACACAGCAGCCACAGCAACAAAUACCCGCCCUUGUACCAACAUCAUACACACAAAUCAUUACGAAUUCACAGCAACCUCAGAACCAACAACAGCCACAGACACGACUUGUGCUCACCAACCCUGGUCAAAAUCAAUCUGUACUGUUACCACAAGGAUUAACGCUUAUUCAGAGACCGGGUCAACAGCCUCAGCUUGUGCAAACCAUUCAACAAAAUCCACAGAUCGUACAGAUUCAACAGCAACAAAAUCAACAAAGUCAACCAGUUCAAAUGCAACAAGUUACUGUGCAACAGUCUCAAGCACAGCCACAACAGAGAAAAGGGUUAACGUUAUCGAAUGAGCAUGUGGCCAAAUUAAAUGAGAUCUUCAGUCAGGCAAACCGAGUCACUCGUCGAGAUAAGGCGCUGAUUCUCGGUUUUAUGGGCGGUUGUCGUGAAAAUCCAAUGCCAAGCCCUGAAAAUUAUAUCGUUAUCAAAUUAGGUGAAACAGAGGAACGUGUCAAACAAGAAGAUGGAACAAUUGUUCCAAUGCUUGUCGAAUCGUUAAUUAAGCUGGACUACAACACCGGCGAAUGGAAGAAACUGCAGCACCUGCGACGCAUCGAUCAGCAAAACGACACAAAGAAGAUAACGUCACAGAAUUCGGUGGUUAUUUAGACUUCGAUAAACAUCCACAGCUAAAACCAGCGGAAUUUGUAGCAACCAGAGAACAUUUAGAAGCGUUUUAUUCAUCAAAAACGAACCCGAAAAGCGUUCAAUCGUUAAACAUCAUGCUGUGAAUCGUUGAUCGAGAAAUCGUGCGCUGCAAAAUAGCCCAGUUGGAAUACAUGAAUUCAAUUGAUGAUAAAAACUGUAACAAACAAAAUAACGGCUAGAGCCGUUUGUGGAACGUCAAUGCAACGAUACCAUUUGCACAACCAGCAAAAAAAAAUAACAAAUUGAAUAUUUACAAGAUUCCGUACAAUUAAAAAUCAUGCAUUCACCGGAUGCAAUUUAUACGAGCAAAAUGAAGAGAAUUCUUAAAAUAGUGACACAAAUUUAUGUUGCAAACAAAAUGUUAAAUCAACGUUCGACAAAUCCAAUUGAAUAUGGAUGUGGAGUAAUAGUAAUGGUUGGAUCAUCGAAGAAUUAUGAAUUUGUUGUAGUGAACCAAUGUUUGUGAAGAAGUAACAUGUAAAUUAUUUGAUAAGUUCGCGAUAGAGAAGAAGAAAAAACACACACACACACUUUCAUACAUCUUAGGUUCAUUAAGUAAGCAACAAAAACUAGUUUAAAGUGGAUAGAUUCAAGGAAAAAAGAAAUCAGCGCUUAUUUUAAGUGUCUUGUGUGUUAAUUUGAGACCAUUGUUGAUUGGAUAUUCUUGCAUAAGAUUUUCAAGUUGAUUAAAAAAAAGCAUACUAGUAUAUCAAAUGAGAUAUGAUCAUAAUAUUUUCCUCUCCUCAUUCAUUUCUCAUUUUUCACAAAGUCAGAGAGACAUAAAAGAAACGGAAAUUGAAAUAAACAAACAAUCGAUAAAAAAUGACAAAGAUAAAAAAAAGCCAGAAAAUACGGUUAUAUACAAUAUAACUGAAUAAACAAAAAAAAAUCAACAACAAAAGUUAAGUAAACAAAUACAAAACACACACACAAUGUAAUUAUGAACAUAAAGAAAUACAUAAAACGUAACCCUA